AUGCGUUUUGUUGGGGAGCCCUCCGUCAUCCUCAAUGACCUGCAAAUGCGCGCGCUGGCGUCCGCCGUCCCUCCUCUCGAGCGCAUGAAGGACUGGGUGCUGUCGUAUAGUACGGCAAAGCACGGGAUCAGCCUUCAGACGCUGUACCGCCGAGCUGUCGGCGGUAUGCCCACCAUCUUGCUGGUCCGGGACUUUGGAGGCUUCGUCUUUGGAUGCUUCACCCCGGACAGCUGGCGGGUGGCUCCCCGGUACUACGGCUCGGGGGAGACGUUCGUGUUCCAGCUUGAGCCACACCGCGUGGCCUAUCCCUGGCGCUCCAUGAGCAAAACCAAGAAUGACCUCUUUCAGUACGGCACUCCGGAGUGUCUCGCGGUGGGCGGUGUUGGCCACUUCGCUAUCUGGCUGGAUGCCGAGUUGUUGUCGGGGUCCUCGGGCAUAUGUGGCACCUUCGGCAGCCCCUGCCUGGCGAACGGAGAGGAAUUCAGGGUGCAGCACUUGGAGGUGUGGCAGACCACGCAGUGA